AUGCUGCUGUUCACAGGACGCUGGAAGUCGCUCUUGAUCUCAUUCGUACCCCUGACUUUCUUCCUCGCCCAUGAGAUUUUUAUCCCCGACCACGAUAUCGACAGUCUGAAGCACAUCGCUGAUCAGCUCAAUGGCUUUGCCGCACGCAAUCAGCUUUCAAUCGAGCUACUUCCUCCCUUGCUACCAAGACUGAAUCGCGUGUUCGAGCGAUUGGGAUACGAUAUCGACUCGCUCAAGGUCUCGAGAUUCCUUGGAACAGGACUGGAACUUUUUGUCGUGCAAUGCUUGCUUAGAAUUCUUGCCAACGGUCGAUCUGGAGGACUGCUAUUAUUGGCCGACUUCUUCAUCGCUACUUCUACUCUAUUCCUUUGGAAGCUCAGUUCGUUUGUUGUUCAGUGGCUUGCGUGCACUCUAGUUCGCAUUGUGCUGUUUUGGAGAGAUGUUGGCAGGACCGACAUUCCACUGGUGUGGCUAUCAACUCGAACCUUUUCUCGUAUUGCCUUCUCUACCGCAUGUCAACUUGCCUUUGUGUCAAUCAGCCUCUCUCUAUAUCUGCCUGAUUCAGAAGUGGCUUAUGGAGGUAACUACAAUUUGAAAUAUCUGUCCGCCGACUGGAGACGAGCCAUGAGGCCCGGUUUUGACAUACCAAAUACACUCAAUGCAUCGGGUCCAGGACUCUGGAGCAUGACGCCUUAUAGCAUUUACAUACCUUCGGCUGGAUUUCUUUGGACCGACGAUUUGGUCUGGUCUCCUGAACUAGAUUCAUUCGUGGACGAAGCACAUGCCAAGGCUCRGAGAAGCGAUAGCGAUGAUCAUGACUCAGGAGAAGACAUGACACCUUUGGGCCAUCGUGUGAUCAUGAAAAGAUCCCAUUGGCAGAUUCAGUCCAUGGCUUCUCCAGAAAGAUCUCGGACAUAG